AGGAGCGCCCGGAAAGCUCGUGGACCAGCGUGGGGCCUUCCUUUCGGAUCCGCCAUCUGCGGUGGAACCGCCGCCAAGAUGCAGAUUUUCGUGAAGACCCUGACGGGGAAGACCAUCACUCUCGAGGUCGAACCCUCGGAUACAAUAGAAAAUGUAAAGGCCAAGAUCCAAGAUAAGGAAGGAAUUCCUCCUGACCAGCAAAGACUGAUCUUUGCUGGCAAGCAACUGGAAGAUGGACGUACUUUGUCUGACUACAACAUUCAAAAGGAGUCCACUCUUCAUCUAGUGUUGAGACUUCGUGGUGGUGCUAAGAAAAGGAAGAAGAAGUCUUACACCACUCCCAAGAAGAACAAGCAUAAGAGAAAGAAGGUUAAAUUGGCUGUUCUGAAAUACUAUAAGGUGGAUGAGAAUGGCAAAAUCAGUCGCCUUCGCCGGGAGUGUCCCUCAGAUGAAUGUGGUGCUGGAGUUUUUAUGGCCAGUCACUUCGACAGACAUUACUGUGGCAAAUGUUGUCUGACCUAUUGUUUCAACAAACCAGAAGACAAGUAAUUGUAUAUUGGUUAAUAAAGAUAUGAGCUAACAUUUAAA